GCGCCAUACGACAGCUCCCAGGCGGUUAGUGGUCGCCUGGGUAACGCCGUUGUUGCACACACACACAGAGAGACACAGAGAGAGAGACACACAGAGACACAGAGAGAGAGAGACACACAGAGAGACACACACACAGAGACACACACAGAGAGAGACACAGAGAGACACACACACAGAGACACACACAGAGAGAGACACAGAGAGACACACACAGAGAUACACAGAGAGAGAGAGACACAGACACAGAGAGAGACACACAGAGACAGACGAGAGGAUGGACCCAAAGGUGAGUGCGUGGCCCCGUCCACGUCUGAUGCUCACGCGGCGCCCCACCAUGGACGGAGCGGCGGCGGGUCGGGGGCCCGGAGGUCACGUGGCUGCUGCACCCCCAGGGGGACACGCGCGUCUGUCCCCCGUGGACGCCCUGUGCGUCUCCCUUAUUCUCGAGGACUGCCUCCACCAGCUGCAGAUCCUCGGGUGCAUCGCCCCACGCAGCCCCCCCGCCGGAGACAACGAGCUGGGAGAUUCCUUCCGCACGUCGCAAAAGAUUCCAGGGAUCCGGCCAAGUACGGACCAGGAGUUCCGUGAUGCCCUGGGACAAGAUCCCAUCCCGUCUGACACGCUGUGCAAGGCGCAGGCCAACAGGCGGUUUGCGGAGGCGGUGAUUGCGGAGACGCUGCAGGAGGUGCGCGCAGGCGGCACGUUCCAGAGCCUGCUGAGCGCCGUCGCGGCCGAGAAGGAGAAGAGGGAUGCCUACGACGCUGCCAUCGCACGGGAGGAAGAGGCACGGAAGAGAGUGGCGGCCCUGCAGAAGGAAAUCGAGGACGUCAAGAAGGAGAAGGAGAACGAGCUGCAGCGCCUGGAAGAGGAGAUCACGACGCUCAAGGACGAGCUGCAGGAGGCGAAGGCCCGCAGCGCCAUGGAGGGGCGGUACGUGCGGCGCAUGGCGCAGGCGCGACUCUCACAGGCGGCGCGGCGUGAAGAGCACGCGGAGCUCGCCCUGAGAGACGAGGUGCAGACGCUGGGGAGCGAGCUGGAGAACGAGAGCCGGGUGCACACGGACAUCGACACCUUCCUGAGGAGGCACUACGCGGACCUCUCGGAGCAGCUGGAGUUCUGGAUGGAGAAAUACGACCACGACCUGGAGGCCAAGCAGCAGGAGCUCAACAACCUCAAGGCCACGCACGCCAGCGACCUGGCUCACCUGCAGGACCUCGCGCGACAGUACUCGGAGUUCGAGGCGGUGGUCAUCGAGGACCGGCUGGAGAGGGAGGCGGAGCGCAAGCGUCUCGAGCAGGAGGAGUUGGAGCUGCGCUGCACCAUCAGGAUCCAGGCGUGGUGGCGCGGCGUGAUGGUGCGCCGGGGUCUGGGCCAGUACAAGGCGCCCAAGAAGGGAAAGAAAGGCAAGAAAGGCAAGAAGGGAAAGAAGGCCAAGAAGGGUGGGAAGAAAAAGAAGUAAUUGGUGUCACCGCCCACAGCUCUCCUCCUUCGCAUCGUCCUUCCCGCCCUUGUUCACCACCACCGCCGCGUCCUGUGCUUGGCCAUGGGCAAUGCAAACGAAUGCCGUAUUUCUCUGGAAUCGAGACACACUUCCUUUCCCACAUUAUUUCAAAGCACAAGCCUAGGACGUGACCACAAUCCGGUAUUUGGCAUGAAAACCUGGCACCCGGACAUUGACGUUACCAACGUCCAAUCCGUGUGCGUCACUCGGUCCGCGUGUCGCUCAGUCUAUGUGCCACGGGUGCCCGCUGUCCUCACACUCAUAAAACGCUAAUUGACCGUUAAUACCUUGAUAUAUAGAAGACCGCAGAGCUUGGCAGCUGCCUUCAAACUUGUCUGUGGUUCCUCACACCUGUGUGCGACGGCGUGUUACAAGUCUGAAUAAUAAUUAUUGCGAUCAAUAUAAUUGAUGGCUUUCCCCCGCCGCCCGUGGAGUGUGGUGCGGAGGAAGGAGGGGACCCUGUGCGUUGGGAUGAGCAGCGAGCUCAGAGCCGUGGCAG